AGUUCAGCUCCGGCCGUUUGGAUGAUUGGAAUGCUUCUGCAGGAAGCUCCCGGUUGGCAUUUUUCCAUGCCAUCGAGUACCACCUCUGCACAGGUACCAAUAUACAAGUUAGUUUGAGUGUACAUCAAAGUGAAGAAACGUGCGUUCACGUGUAACAGAGCUGGACACACUAUAGUAGCUAAAUUGUUGUGAAAGUGCAAAAGUUGGAGUGAUUUUUUUUUAGUGAUGCGGGAGUGGUUGGAAAGAGUGAAAGUUUUAAACGCACGUUGAGGAUUUAUCUGCAGGAUCGUAAAACGUGAACUUGUGGAUUAUCACUACAUAAGAAGAAAAAAAAAUCCUCUUGUGAACAGUGCUCAAGUGCGAUGUAAUUUGUUUAAAUAGAGGCAUCAGUGGGAGAGUAUAUAUUCAUCGUUAAAAGUGUGCUAUAAUGGACUAAGUUUAGUGAGUGUGUAGUAAAGUUCUCAAGAGACGAAGGAGUAGAGAUUGUAUUCUUAAGUAGAUGCGAAAGAUAAUCCGUGAAAUUUUGUACAUUUUCGUCGUAAGAUGCAAAAAAGGAUAAAAAGCGCAAUUCUAAAUUAAAUUAGAGACUCAUCUGUACUAUAAAUAAUUAAUAUUACAUAUAGUGUUUAUUAGUCAAUGUGUUAAAAAUCGUUUUAAGGAAAGGCAAAGAGAAAAAAGUUAAGUGCUCUAAUCCCCAAUCUUGUGUAUAAAGUACGCGUGAAGUAUGUGGAUGACCCACCGUCUAAAUUGAGCGUGUGGGUGGGUCACAAUGACAGAGUUCGAGCGUCGUAUGUUGGAGUGGAGUUUGUCCAAUGGCAAGCUAAGUCGAUCGAAUAGUGCACGCGAACCCAAACCUUCUCGGGGGCGAGAGACGCUCAAACCCGGAAAGAGCGCAAAGCGCGAAGUGUACUUCCUGUCGCCGUCGAAGAAGCGUCGACGUGACAAUUCGGCCUCAUCGAAGAGGGACGCAUCCACCCUCUCGUUGCGACAAUCAACCUUCCCGCGUGUCCUGCCGCCAGCACGCACGGAAAAUUGUGGUUUGGUCGAGAGUCGCCUGGACGGGCACAUCCCGCACCGUAGGCACUCAACAGACGUUCAGAACGACACAAAUUGCGAUCAAACCAUCUACUAUUCCGACUCCAAUCGCUCAGUAACGCCACAAUACAGUGAAUCCCACAGGAUCCCCAAUCACACAGCAGGAUCUGAAGUUCAGGGAUCACUGAGACGUAGCAAAGGACGGAGUAGUCAGUCGCUUUGUAGCUGUGACGCUGAGACUGAGAUUAUUCCUGACCCGGACCGCCCGAUGUGCCGGUACGGUGUUGACGGGAAGAAGAGUCACACGUACACGUGUGAGCAGAAUGCCCAAAUCCUCAUGCGCCUGGAGCGGGAGCGACAGGCCAAGCUUGGCUCUACUGGAAAGAUGAAUGCAUUGUUUACGGACGUUGACAUCAUCCCACCCCCACCUCCGCCAUUGAGAAGAAAUCCUUCACUAACGCGACACUACCCAGCUACAAUUAAGACUACCGUGAGUCCACCCUCAACCACAACAGGUGAGGACAUCAAAACGGGUGACUGUAGUGUCUCCCUCCUCAAUUGUGCCACUGCCAACAUUAGCUACGAAUUGAAGACGACUAAACCUGACAUUUGCAACUUUGGCGCGCCCACGAGAUCAGUCUCAACGACCCAGCUUGGUUUCGUAGAUAAUCCCGCUUUUGAUCCCACCGGGCAGGAUACGGAGAAACCCUGUCCGCACUUCCUCGUGGAAGAUCAAGGAGGGGAUCAGGGCUUCCAGAAGGACGACGCUACGGUCUUCUUCUAUCACCACGAACCCCCGCCAAGUGCUCCAAACUUCGACAUGGAUUACCCGACGAAAUUCAAUACAAUCGGACCGCACAGCGGGGAGAACUACCAGAAGUUGAAGCCUCCUCUCGAUCGACAUCACUCAAGUAGUUGCAAUCUCAAUCAAUUCGGACACAGUCACGAUGGGUGCUACUUCUCAAAUUCACUCACGAAUUUCUCCCUACUACCCCCAUCGGGGCACCAUCGGCCCUAUAGCCAUUUUCUAGCGAGCAGUAUGGAGACUACCAACCCCCUUGGGGGAUCGUACACGUCAACGCUUAGCUCAGGUACACUGGGGAAGCAUCAGCAUGCAGCUGGGAUGCCCUGGAGGCACAGACAGUGCUCAAGUCGGGCCUCAAGUAGCUCUGGAACGAGUUCAACGCGCUGGGAUGGUCCAUCGAGGCACUGGCUGGCCGUAACGUCCAUCCUCCUAAUUGCUGGAGCCGCAGGGGUGGCUGUUCCACUUGCCCUUCGUGUCACGGCAGGAGCUCCCCUUGAGGAACGUCUCGAAGCUGCCACACAACUCCUCGAGGCUGUACCAUUAAUUGAUGGGCACAAUGAUCUUCCAUGGAAUAUCCGGAAGUUUCUUCACAAUCAACUCAAUGAUUUUCACUUCGAUGAGGAUUUGCGGAACGUAAUGCCUUGGGCUAAGAGUACAUGGAGUCAUACGGAUCUACCUCGAUUGCGAAAAGGACGUGUCUCAGCGCAGUUUUGGGCAGCUUACGUACCCUGUGAGGCCCAAUACCGGGAUGCUGUGCAACUGACAUUGGAGCAAAUUGAUGUGAUCAAGAGACUGACAGAGAGAUACUCGCCCGAAUUGACAACGUGUGCCUCUGUGGCAGACAUCCUGGAGGCGCAUAAGAACCAUCAAUUAUGCUCCCUGACCGGCGUGGAGGGCGGCCACUCCUUAGGGGGCUCACUCGGUGUUCUGCGUACCCUCUACACGGUUGGUGUGCGCUACAUGACCCUCACCUCCACGUGCCAUACCCCGUGGGCGGAUUCCAGCCAUGACAUCAAGCACGGCGGACUGACGGCCUUCGGCAAGACCAUCAUCCGGGAAAUGAAUCGCCUGGGGAUGAUUGUGGACCUCUCGCACGUGUCUGUGGGCACGGUGCGUGAUGCUCUGGCUGUGUCUGAUGCUCCUGUGAUAUUCUCUCAUUCCUCCGCCUAUGAGAUCUGCAAUUCCAGCCGCAACGUCCAGGAUGACAUCCUCGUUGCCGUGGCGCGAAAUCGUGGUCUCGUCAUGGUGAACUUCUACUCACGCUUCCUCAGUUGCAGCGAAAAUGCCACAGUUCACGAUGCCGUAGCACACAUCAAUCACAUAAAACGUGUGGCUGGAAUCGAUCAUGUGGGGCUCGGUGCUGGCUUCGAUGGGAUCAAUUAUACCCCCAAAGGGCUUGAGGACGUGUCCACGUACCCCAUGCUCUUUGCCGAGCUGAUGGGCGACGGCUGGACAGCUGAGGAGCUGACAAAGUUGGCUGGUCAGAAUUUUCUGCGUGUCAUGAGUGAGGUGGAACGUGUCCGGGAUGCCCAAAAGACGGCAGGGGUACGUCCCUUCGAGGAGGUACCCAACUUCCGUCCGGAUGACCCGUACAACUGCACCUCGAGUUAGUAGAAUGCAGACCACAGUCCCGAAUAUCCGGAUGCCUUGAAAAUUUUACUCGACAACAUUGCCCGAGCGUACAGUGGAGGAGCAUCGUAGGGUGGAUUUAUCAAUACCGAAUGAAUGGGGGGAAAUGUCUCAUUUUCUUAGCCAAAGACAGAGGAGACAUGCACUUCUGAUUAAUUGCCUGUGUCUGAGGGAAUCUCCAGAGGGGGGAGGAGAUAUUUUAUGAAUGUUUGUUGUUUAUCAAGACGAGAUUUAUGCGUGGGUGUGCGCGCGCGGAGGUUUGGCAAUUUUUCGGGAGUAUUCUGUAGAGUAAAGGUAAUUUAUAAUAAAUAAUAAAUCAUUGUUUUCUCUUUUUUCCUUUUAUAAUAAAAAGGAUAUGGAAGGAACAUUCCAAAAUAUGUGUACAUAAUUUUUUCUAUUAUAUAUAAUACCAUAUUCUUAUUUUUCCCCCCAAAUGGGGAGAGAGACGCAUUUUAUCACACAAUUGAGAUGCUAAGUUAUUACCUUCAAUGUAAGAUUUAUAUACGAAAAAAUAUAUAUUAUAAUAAAAUGUUCACCAAAUUGUAUUUAUUAUGAUGAAAAAAAAAUGAAAAAAAGACUUUCACGACGGGGGGCGUAUAGAUGUUUUAUUGGGAGGAUAAAGAAUAAAAUUUUUAGCGUAAUUUCUACACGUUGAAUUUUCCGUUUCUAUAUAAGUAUGACAAAGAGUGAAAAUUGUUUCUUUUUUUUGGCACGAAAAUCACCGUAAAUGUGUUGAUAAAGAAAAAAAUAAUAAAUAAUAAAUAAAUUAAAUAAGAUGUGGUUGUUUCCUAAAUAAAAUGAAAAAAAAAUAUAUAAUAGACAAAUUGAUAAAAAAAAUCUCGAGAAGUUUACUAAAAAAAAAAACAUCUUUUUCACUAAAAAACCAAUGAAAAAAAAACUUUUUAAUGUUAUAUUGUCAAUCAUUGCUGAAAUAUAGGACCAAGAGAGAACUUAUUAGAAGAAAAAGACGAAAAAAUCGAAGCAGAAAUAGAUGACAUUUUUUUUUAAUUUUUAAAACAUAAAUAUGAAAAAAAAAAAGAAAAAUAAAAUGUGUGAAAAUUGUAUUGACAUAUCACAGAGAUACGAUGAAAAAUUAAAAGAAAAAAAAUAUAUAAAUCCAUUAAUUGAAUGGAAAAAAAAAGAUAAAAGAAAAUUUUGUUGAAAAUGUUUUUUUUUCGGAGAUUUAUUAAUUCUCUUUCCAAUAUUAAAUGGCACACAGAACUGGUACUAUAUAUGUAUUUAUAAAUGAAAUAUUUACUGAAUAAGCUCGAUUAAUAUUUAAUUUUUUUUUGCUCAAUAAUCAUGUUUUUUUCUACAAAGAAAAUGUAAACUGACAAGAAAAUAUUAAUUUCGUUUCAGAGCGAGAAAUUGUU